UCAGCUCCUCAAAGGCGCCACGCCUUCGGUAGUUCGCUGGCACGGCUCUCGCUUACGCGCACUGCACAGACCCCUGCCUCAGCAGCCAGCCAGCCAUGGCGUCGGAGUCGGACCCUGGCUCCACGGACCCGCUCCUCCCCCGCCGCCGCGCGCCGUCCAAGGGCGGCUGGAGGUCCGCGCUCUUCAUAAUCUGGGUGGAGGUGGCGGAGCGGUUCGCGUACUACGGCAUCUCGUCGAACCUGAUCAGCUACCUGACCGGCCCACUCGGCCAGACCACGGCGGCGGCGGCGGCGGCCGUCAACGCGUGGUCGGGCGCCGCGUCCAUGCUGCCGCUCCUCGGCGCCGCCGUUGCCGACUCCUGGCUCGGCCGCUACCGCACCAUCGUCGCCUCCUCCGUCCUCUACACCAUGGGCCUUGGGAUGCUGACGCUCUCAUCCAUGUUCCCAUCACCUCAACAAUGCGGCGUCGCCGCCGACAGCCGAGGAGCAUGCCCGCCAUCCUCGUUACAGACAGUCUUCUUCUACAUCUCGCUCUACCUGGUGGCCAUCGCUCAGAGCGGCCACAAGCCCUGCGUCCAGGCCUUCGGCGCCGACCAAUUCGACGCCACGGACCCCGACGAGUCCUCGUCCCGGGCCUCCUUCUUUAACUGGUGGUACUUCGGGAUCUGCGUGAGCGGCACCAUGACCGUUGCGAUCAUGAGCUACGUGCAGGACAACGUCAGCUGGGCCCUCGGCUUCGGCGUGCCGUCCAUGGUCAUGCUCCUCGCGCUCGCCAUCUUCCUGCUCGGCACGAGGACCUACCGGUUCUACGGCGGCUCGCGAGGCGGCAGCAACGUUGGCGCCGGCACGUUCUCCCUCGUCGGCAAGGCCUUCGUCGCCUGGAGGAAGAGGUCCAAGGAAGCCUUGCCGGCGGAGCUGGAGCACGGUGACGGCGAGCUCGCCGUCACCGAGAACGCGGCGCUCGCAGAAGAGGUGAGCGGGCUUACGAGGCUGUUCCCGAUCUGGGCGACGUGCCUCCUCUACGGCGUGGUGUUUGCGCAGCCGCCCACGCUCUUCACCAAGCAGGCGGGGACGCUGGACCGCCGGGUGGGGUCGUCGUUCCAGAUACCUCCCGCGGCGCUGCAGUGCUUCCUCGGAGUCAGCAUCGUGUCCUGCAUCGUGCUGUACGACCGCGUCCUGGUGCCCGUGGCGCGCCGGGUCUCCGGCGUAGCCUCGGGGAUCACCAUGCUGCAGCGGAUCGGCACGGGGAUCGCCCUGUCCCUGGUCACCCUUGCCGUCGCCGCGCUGGUAGAGAUGAGGCGGCUGCGGGCGGCGAGGGACGCCGGCCUGGUGGACGGUGGCGGUUCCGGCGGGACGGCGGUCCCCAUGAGCCUGUGGUGGAUCGUGCCGCAGUACGUGCUCCUCGGCGCCGCGGACGUGUUCACCAUGGUCGGGAUGCAGGAGUUCUUCUACGAUCAGGUCCCUGGCGCGCUCAAGAGCCUCGGGCUCGCGCUCUACCUGAGCGUCCUCGGCGUCGGCAGCUUCAUCAGCAGCUUCCUCAUCACGGUCAUCGACGGCCUGACGAAGAGGAACGGCGGCACGAGCUGGUUCGCCGACGACCUGAACCGGGGACACCUCGACUACUUCUACCUGCUUCUUGCUGCGCUCACUGCGUUAGAGCUUGUCGCUUUCACUUACUUUUCAGCGUCUUACGUUUACAGGAGAAAGGCAGGCAAUAGCCAUUGACUAAUGAGCAGAGGCAUGCAUAUGUAUAGUUCACCUAUGGACUAUGGAGUCAAGAUCGUGUAUGCCAUCACAUUAGAUGGCAGCAGCAAAAAUAAAUAAAGUAAAAUAAAUCCAUCAA